GCUCUGCCAAAAUGGCGCCGCUGGACUUGGAUAAGUACGUCGAGAUAGCGCGGCUCUGCAAGUACCUGCCCGAGAACGACCUCAAGCGGCUGUGUGACUACGUCUGUGACCUGCUCCUAGAAGAAUCAAACGUGCAGCCGGUUUCUACCCCCGUUACCGUCUGUGGUGACAUUCAUGGACAGUUUUAUGAUCUAUGUGAAUUAUUCCGAACUGGAGGUCAGGUUCCUGACACAAACUACAUAUUUAUGGGUGAUUUUGUAGACAGAGGCUAUUACAGUCUAGAGACAUUUACUUAUCUUCUUGCCCUGAAAGCAAAGUGGCCGGAUCGGAUCACGCUCUUGCGUGGGAAUCAUGAAAGCAGACAGAUAACCCAGGUCUACGGAUUUUAUGAUGAGUGCCAAACAAAAUACGGUAACGCAAACGCCUGGAGAUACUGCACUAAAGUCUUCGACAUGCUCACCGUAGCAGCGUUGAUAGAUGAACAGAUCCUCUGCGUGCACGGAGGUCUUUCUCCAGACAUCAAAACACUGGAUCAGAUCCGAACCAUCGAGCGCAACCAAGAGAUCCCUCACAAAGGCGCUUUCUGCGACCUCGUCUGGUCUGACCCAGAAGACGUGGACACCUGGGCCAUCAGCCCUCGCGGAGCCGGGUGGCUUUUUGGUGCUAAAGUUACCAAUGAGUUUGUCCACAUCAACAACUUAAAACUGAUCUGCCGGGCCCAUCAGCUGGUCCACGAAGGCUAUAAAUUCAUGUUUGACGAGAAGCUGGUAACGGUCUGGUCAGCCCCAAACUACUGCUAUCGCUGCGGGAAUAUCGCCUCCAUCAUGGUCUUUAAAGACGUGAACACGAGAGAGCCGAAACUUUUCCGAGCUGUCCCAGAUUCCGAACGCGUCAUCCCUCCGAGAACAACCACGCCGUAUUUCCUCUGAAAAUGCCGCCCACGGCCCUCCCUCCCUUCGUGACGUACAUUCUAUUGAGCACUUUGCUGCUGAAAUGCUUUUUUCCCCCCCCUAUUUUUAAAUUAUCUAAGUGUAUAUGGUCUGUAGCGUUGCGUUUCUUAACCGCCCUUCUUCCCGUGCGUCUCCUCCUCUUUAAGAUCGCUUUUGAAACGUCCCACAAGCACUUAACUUGUCAUAUAUAUAUAUAUAUAUAUAUUUAUAUAUAUUUAGUGCUUUCGAUUUCCUGUUUUUGUUUUUAGGGAAAACCCCUUCCCUUCAAAAUGAAAUCAAAUAAAAACGGAGCAAGACACAUCAGAGCUAGUCUGAUUCUCCUUUAUUUCGUUCAGGAGUUGGCGUUGGGAAUUUUUUGUUUUAUUUGUUCUGGAUAAGGUUUUUAAGGAAUUUCAGCAGCAAAGUUGAAUUAAUAUGCAUAUUGGGACUUUGUAAGUCCAACUUCCGUGCAUAUCCUUAUGCAGUAAAGGUAGGCUGGCCUUGUUGAUAUUUUAAAUCAUAAAUAAGUGGUUUAGAAAACUGCCCCUUUUCCCCCCUUUCCUUUCAGCUUUGUUUUUAUUUUUAGGAUUCCAAUUACCCAUUACAGGUAUUUGAAUUUGUACAUUAAAAUAACUGUUCUGAUUUUUCUCAGAUACCUUGUAUUUUUAAUAAAAGUGAUAAUCUUGAACCCCUGCCUCUAGGUUAAACUUGAAAAUAAAACU